GACUAGAGUGACGUAGGGAGACUGCCACAGGGAGCUUCCCGUAUGGCUUCCACUCUGGCUCUGUAUUGGUCACCUCAAGGCCCUGUGUGAAGAAGAUGCGUAUAGCGUGCCGGACGGGUCGGAUUGAGGGUCAUAUUGCGCCGGCGCAGCGGGACGGACGGGUCGGACUGAGGGACAUACCACGCCGCAGCGCUCCGCACCGAGCAAGGAGGGAGGGAAAGUCCGGACCAGAGACAAAGGGGGGGAGUCGAGUCGGGAACAUCCGGGUCAUUCGCCGCCGCCUCAAUCCGGGACACGCGCGGGUGCUGCGGCCGCUCACGAGGGAUUUUGAACAUGUCUGGGAUAGCCCUCAGCAGACUUGCACAGGAGAGGAAAGCUUGGAGAAAAGACCAUCCAUUUGGAUUUGUAGCAGUACCUACAAAAAAUCCAGAUGGCACGAUGAAUCUCAUGAAUUGGGAAUGUGCUAUUCCAGGAAAGAAAGGGACACCAUGGGAAGGAGGCUUAUUUAAACUACGGAUGCUUUUCAAGGAUGACUAUCCCUCCUCACCCCCAAAAUGUAAAUUUGAACCACCAUUAUUCCACCCAAAUGUGUAUCCUUCAGGCACAGUGUGCCUCUCCAUCUUAGAGGAGGAUAAGGAUUGGAGGCCAGCAAUCACAAUUAAACAGAUCUUGUUAGGAAUACAAGAACUUCUAAAUGAACCAAAUAUUCAAGACCCAGCUCAAGCAGAGGCUUACACAAUUUACUGCCAAAACAGAGUGGAAUAUGAAAAGAGGGUUCGAGCACAAGCCAAGAAGUUUGCGCCAUCAUAAGCACCUGUCAUACAGCAUCUUAAAAAGGAAGGGAUUGGUUUGGCAAGAACUUGUUUACAAAAUUUUUGCAAAAUCUAAUGUUGCUAUGUACAAUUAAUAUUCACUUAGGGGAGGGGGUCGUAUGUGUGCCAUUUUCCAUAUUCGCCACUUGUAUACAGUUCUGAAUUCGCUGAAUUGCCCCCAGUUUUUUCAUACAGGGUCUCUUCCUUCAGUCUUUUGUAUUUUUGAUUGUUAUGUAAAACUUGCUUUUAUUUUAAUAUUGAUGUCAGUAUUUCAACUGCUGUAAAAUUAUAAACUUUUAUACUUCUAUAAAUUCACUAGUAUCUCUAGUUACUUUGCUAUCUGAUGCAGGCAUGCUUUAAAAUGUUUAGAACUAUAUUUAGACUCUAGCUGGCUGUAUGAAAAAAUCAUACCCUCCACCCCCUUCCCUCCCCUUAAUUUGUUUUUCUAUCUUUCAGAAACUAGGUUGUUAUUGCUUAAGAGCCUCAGAGAUCCAAAGUCAGCCAGCAUCUUGAUUCUGCAUCACUUCCUUUUGUGUUUAUAUGGCGUUUUGUCUGUGUUGCUGUUUAGAGUAAAUAAACUGUUUAUAUAAA